AUGUCAAUGAGAAAAGCAUCAAAGAAGCCGAAAACCAGCGACAAGCCCCUUCCAGAAACCCCCACGCGGGCCUCUAGAAGAAGGUCUGUGUCGCCAGAGGGGGGGUCAGAGGAGCACUUAGACGAGCUGGUGCUGAGCAGCGACUGCCAAAACAACGAGAACGCACCCAGCAACCGGAUAGACAGCGAGGAGGAAGAGCUUGUGCUGAAGCAGCCGGCCGCCUUCAGCGAGGAGGAAGAUUCUGAAGCGAAAGAGUCCGAGGAGAAGGAUGCGCAGAGCGAAGACAGCAUGGAAAGCGGCGAGUCUUCCGAGGAGGACUCAUCUUCUGAGAUAGCGGAGAAUCCGCGCGGAAAGAAGGCAGCAGCCUCGCCAAAGGCGGCAGCAAAAAGGAAAGCCCCUGUAAAGAAGGACGCCAAAAAAGAGGCCCCCGGAAAGUCCAAAGUCAUGACAAAAACCGCGAAGAGCGCGCUUCUAAGGUACAUCAAAGAGAAAAACGAGCCCAUGAACUUGGUUGAGCUAGGGCUGAUUUUCCAGACGGGAGAAGCUGCAAUGACGGCGGCCGUGCUGAAAAAGACUCUUGCGGAGCUUGUGAGCGAAAAUCUUGUUGAGGAAAAAAAGCCAGGAGUGACCACAAUAUACCUCCCCGUGCAUACGAAGGAGGACAACAACGUGGACACGGCGGAGCUGGACGAGGAGAUAGCGCAGCUGAAAGAAGAAGUGGCUGGGCGGCAGGAGAGAGUGGCUGAGCUCAGACAGCGGAAGAAAGAGCUCACGGCCGACCCCACCGACGAAGAGCUUGUGCAGGCUCUGCAGGAGAUCUCCGCGGAUCUGUCGGAGAAGGAGGCGCGGGUGUGCAAUUUUGAAAAGAACCACAAGCUGGUGGACCCAAAGGAAAAGGCAAAAAUUGAAAAGGAAAUACUGAACAGCCAGAAGCUCAAGAAAAGCAUACGGAGGCACUUCAAAAACAUAGUGGGAGACAUUUGCGAGGGCGCCGGCAAAAAGCCUGCAGAGCUCAUGGAGGAGAUGGGCAUAGAAGAGCCUAAAAAUUGA